AUGAAUAAGACAAAAAAUAAUCAUAGAAGAGCGUAGUCCAAUAAUGAUUUUUAAUAAAUAAUGAGUUCUAAAAUUGCUGGAAUGAUUGAAUCAAAUUCUCAUAAAAAUCUACAUAAAAAGCAAAGCUUUGGUAAUAUGCUGUUUCAAAUCCCUGAAUAAACUGAUAUUGGGUCUUCAACAGAAUAAUCUCAUCAUUCUGAAAAGAAAAGCUGUCUUAAUGAUUAUGUGCAAUCAACAAAAAAGAAUCAUUCAUAAGAUCAAAAAGAAAACCUUAUAAAUCCAAAUUCAUGCACAAACAUCAUCUCAUCAAUUUAAUAUAUGAUUAAAAGUAGUCAUCCAAUAAAAGAAAUUGCUUAAAAAACUUUAAAUAAUGAAAGUUAAAGUAAAAAAAAGCAUCUUAGUUUUACAAAUGAAUUGUAAAAGAAAAAUAGCCAAAUUUUCCAUUAAUCAAAUAAAAUAGACAUGUCAUAAAGUUUGACUCCAGAUAGAAAAAAAACUGAUAAUAAUAAUAGUAAACAGAAUAGUUACAAAUAAAAAUCAGAUCAACAACAAAUAGAUGGACUAGAGAAAUAAAAAAUAGAAUUAUCAAAUUUUUUAUUGAACAAUUUAUUAAAAGGUGAUUAAAAAAAGAAAUCUAAUGUAGAAUAAUUAGACUCAUUUAGAAAAAUGGAAUUUCAGAUGAAUAUGAUUCAGAAAGACAUUUCAAAAAUAAAAAGAAGAUAAGAUGAAUUAGAUUAAUUUAAUAGGAAUAUAUAGACUCAAUUAUUUGAUUUUAUUUCGGAAAGCAGAAAAUAUUAGGAUGUAAGAAUAAAUUUAAAUUUAGUAUGGAUAUUUAUCUCUCUAAAAACUCGAAUAUUUAGAACAAAUAACCAGAAGAAAUGAAGAAUCAAUAAAGUUGCUAAAAUAAAAACUUUUUAAUAAUGAAUUAUAGUAGACAUCAACUAAAAAUUAAGAAAAUAAUAUCAAUUUUGGGUAUUUGAUUGAAUUAAUUUUAGUAAUAUUUCUUCUUAUAAACAAGAACUUGAUAUACAAAAAAAAAUAUCAGAUUUUAAGUAUAUCAAUAAAUAAUAUAAUUGA